AGAGGUGUGUCGAACUCCUGCUCUAACACAGUACCCUCGUAAUAAGUAAUGAGUUAUGUGUGAUUCUGUUCCUUCUUGACUGGAGGUGGGUACUCCUAUCGGAUUAGUAAAGCAUUUUCUGCGGGAGAACACUACGGGUGAGACAGCAGACAGAGCCUGCACUAGUCAUAGGUAAACCGAAAGUAUUGCCCAGUCGUGUAACGCGCUUGUCUACGAAUCUGCUUGCUCGUCUGUCUCCCAGCUCAACACCUUUGUAAUAAUAUGGGUUCUGUGAUGUUCCUGUGUCUUCUGAUGUUGUCAUCCAUAUGUUUCGGAAACUCAUCUGACAAGAUUAUUGACAUGGAAUGCCAGUCUGCAGUGGGAGUCAUUGGUCAAACCACACACAUCACUUGCUCGUUCAAGACUUCUGGGGAUUUUAAUAUUACUAUUCACACCUUGCUGUUAAAGAAGGGAGAUGAAGCAUGUUUUGUAUUUCCCCCAAACAAACGUGUAAUUAUAAACCCUCGAUUUAAAGUUGCAGUUCAAAAUAAACCAUCCUUACUUCUGAGCAACACUUCAGUCUCUGACGAAGGUGAAUAUAAGUACACGGUUAUAACAGACAGGGGUGUUGUACAAGAUAUAACAUUCGGCUUCACUGUCACAGCCAAAUUUAACAUUCCAGUCAUUAGUUCAGUGCCAGAAGAAAUUAAGAACAGCCAGAAGGCUGACCUGUACUGCAGCUCUAGUGGCGGCUACCCGGCUGGAACCAUUCACUGGUUUGACCACACUGGCACCAACUGGACAUCUAGUUCCACAUUGGUGAGAACAGAGGGCGAGGACAAGCUCCUGCUCCUAUCCAGCAAACUGUCUUUCACCAACAUUGAUGUGAACUGGAUACCUUUCAAGUGCGUGGUUCUUAAUAGCAAGGGCAUGGUGGAAGAAGAGAGCAUGUUUCACAUGAAGAUGGAAGGCGGCAUCCCAGAUGAUUCUCCAUCUAACUUCCAGACAGUGAACGUUGCUGCUGCCGCAGUGGUCAUCGGUUCUCUGAUUGUGGGGCUCCUGCUCAUGCUCCUCUUGUGCAGGAGACGAGCUCGUCAACAUUUUCCUGUGGCCAUCACUGACUCUGAACAAGGUUCUAACAACAAAAGAAUUAAUCGGAGCAAGACAGAUACUAAAGCUACUGAAGAUUUAAGAGAUUUUCAAAGAAAAAAUCAUUUACACUGUGAACUAAAUAUCUAAUCACAAAAUAAUAAAAUGACUUUGGAAGACGUCUUAUGGGCAUAUUUCUAUAUAUUUUGGAGUAUACUUUUUUUAGGCAUAUAAUUGCCUCAGUUUUAUCUCGCCUGCUUUGGACGACAUUUUAACCGAAGUCAAACUAAAACGGGACUUAUAGUGAAUAUAGAGCCUCUGUCAGCCCUAUCGAGUGCAUACAAUGAAUGUGACUGAGAACUCCAAUUUUUUUUUUUUUUAAGAUGACAGCAUUAUUGAUAUUGCUAAAUGCAACUGUAACCUUUAUUUACAGCAUUUAUUGUGUUGUUAGUAUGUCAGAUAAUGGCAUUCAUGUGAUCCAACAAGCAUAAACAAAACUAAAAGAAUACAAGUCUGACUUUCACAAUGACCCAGUAAGGGUUCAGCCAUUUUUAAUACAUUGCAGGGCAUGUUAUGUGUGGCAAUGUAUUCACGAGGUAUUUUUCGUGUAGUCAUAACAGCUUGCGAAAUACAAGGAAGCAUAUAAUAUACUGGGAAUAGCCGGUGAAGAACCAUGAUAACAUUUCUGGAUAGCUGAUUUCUGGAAGUAAAACUUGGCAGUUUACAGAAACUUUAAACACUCUAAAAGUGCAUUGUGGUGGUUUUUUUGGAACACACUUGAUGAUCUGCUUGUUUAGAUGGAUGACAGAUGGAAUUUUGUAUUGCGUAUAGACUAGAAACACGCUGUCUGCAUUGCUAGACUGUAAAGAGGAAAUGUUCUCAGCUUGUCAUUAUAAAUUUUGGUGGUUGCUACAUUGGGAACAUGUACGAUGUAACUGCAGUGAAUGCAUUAGUCACUUUUAAAUGAUUUUUGUUACUUACUGUCUAUAAUCACAAAGUUUUUAUUUUACAAAAUAAAUCCAGAUUUUUUUA